CGAAUAACAAUUGACAUUCAAUCUCAAUCCCAACCCCAAUAAAUAAUACAUGUAUUCGUUAAUACCAAAUAUAAACAAAUUUCGGUAUAUACAGAUCCCAAAAUCGAGAGUAAGGUCGUGACAAGUGGUAUCAGAGCUUGGUUCGGCUUUGUGCUAGCAAAGUAGAAGCAAUAGCCAGACGAAAAGGAAGAGCCUCACCAAAAAUGUCGGGGUCAGAAGUCAAUGACGACGUUGAGAAGCAGCGUGGCAGAGAGCCUACCCUAGGCGGGAGGUCAAAAGGCGCGUCGAGCACUCGUGACCCUCUCAAGUCUCUAGAGAGGCUAGUCUCGAGGAUGGAGGUGAAGCUUUCCGAAGAUGUCACCGCCAUCGAAAGAGGUACUUGUGUGAUGGUAACGUGGGAAGAUUUCAAGAGAGAAAUUAAGAAGCAUUUCUACCCAGAGAACGUGGAUUUUGAAGCCCGUUCGAAGUUGAGAAGACUCACCCAGAGGGGUGGAGUUCGGGAAUAUGUGAAAGAAUUCUCAGAGCUGCUUCUAGAGAUCCCGAACAUCACGGAUAAGGAGGCCAUGCACGACUUUCUUGAUGGGCUGCAACCAUGGGCCAAGAUGGAGAUGCAACGUCGAGGAGUGCAAGACCUUGCAACUGCCAUGGCCACGGCGGAGUCUUUUGUUGAGUACAAAAGGCAAGAGAGCAGCAGCAAAGAGAAAAGUUCAAAGCCCAACAAGGGUGGAGAACAGCAGAAGCCUUUCAAGGAGGGUUCUCGCACUCAACAACACCAAGGUGGUUCGAGCAAAGGGGGUAAGUACGAACCAAAGCCCGUAUCUUGUUUCCUUUGCGACGGACCACAUCGAGUGCGGGAUUGCCCAAGGAAGGCGAGAUUGGCGUCCAUGGAAGCUCAAGAUGAAGAGCCCAAGGCAGCGGAGUCCAAAAUUGGCUCAAUCCGCAAGCUUGGCACGGUGAAGACCAACGUCAAGGAGAGCAAGCGUGGGAGGUGCUAUGUUCUGGCGCAAUUCAUGCAAGGCGAGUCAAAAGCCUUGGUGGAUACCGGUGCCACGGACAACUUCCUUCGCAUCGAGGAGGCAAACCGGCUGGGUAUUGCCUACGAGAAGGGGCAAGGGAGGCUCAAGACGAUCAACUCGGAGUCCGUCCCGAUCCAUGGAGUUGCUCACAGCUUGCCAGUGAGGCUUGGCGAGUGGGAAGGCCUCAUCGACUUUUCCGUCGUCACCAUGGACGAUCACCCAGUCAUCCUCGGCAUCAACUUCCUCGACAAGGAGGUAGUGCUCUUGAAGCGCAACUCCAACACGAUGUGCUUGGAGAAGGAAGGGGAGUUCCAUGCGGUUCAUCUCUGGAGAGAAGAUGGCCCCCAUAGUGCUCUAUCCGCUAUGCAGGUAUUGAAGGGGUUCAAGAAGAAUGAACCAACCUUUCUUGUGUCCUUGAAAAUGGAGGAAGAAGGAGGCUCAACGGGAAUCACAACUCCCAUCAUCAAAGGCGUCCUCGAAGAGUUCGAUGACGUGAUGCCAUCGGAGUUGCCCAAGAAGCUGCCACCAAGAAGAGAGGUGGACCACAAGAUCGAGUUGGAGCCAGGAGCAAUGCCCCAUUCGCGAGCACCAUACCGCAUGUCGCCACCGGAGUUAGAAGAAUUGCGGAGGCAGCUCAAGGACUUGGUGGACGCAGGCUACAUGCGGCCAUUGAAGUCACCUUUUGGAGCACCAAUGCUGUUCCAAAAAAAGAAAGAAGGGUUGUUGCGCAUGUGCAUCGACUAUAGAGCCAUCAACAAGUUGACGGUGAAGAACAAGUGGCCGAUUCCCAACAUUGCUGACUUGUUCGACCAGCUUGGAGAUGCGAUGUGGUUCACCAAGCUAGAUCUUCGCUCGGGCUACUGACUCGCUAUGACACAAUACCUAACAAAGGCCAAGUGUAACCAAUGAAAGGGACUGCAGUAUAGUGGCUCAAGUGAUAAAUAUCGAAUCCACGGGUCUCUAGAGUUACUAUUACUCAGCUUUAGUUUAUUAUUUAGCAAACCAGAUUAAGAUGAAAGAACUAAAACUACUCUAGCAAACUACAGUUAAAGUUAAUCUAAUUGCAGGUUGGGAACUCACUUAGGCAUGAUUCCCCCUAGCCACUAGCCAGACUAACGAUUGAUGAUUUCUAACUUGUUUCACUUUCAUUCACAAUGCGGAGAAUCCUUGACUAGACCUUGAGUCUCGACUAAAGGAACAAGGCCCUCUUGAGCCAAUUGCCUAGAGGGACGUAUCCUUCUCUAGAACAACUGAUCAAGGCAUUCUGAACUAGACUCCCUCUAUCGAAAGAGGUUCUCAAUCGAUACAAAGCAGUGAAUCAACCCUCGACUAAAGAAAUCGAUCCACUACUAUCAAUCUAUGGUGCUCUAUUGACCUAAUUAGGUAUUCCCUCUCAUAGGAUAAAAGCAGAAUCAAUAAUCUCGACUAAAGCAGAAUUGAAUCAUGAAAACAUGCAUAGAUUGAAUAUGAACUCAAGAUUAUCAAGUCAGAGUACUCAUACAAUCAUCCAAUCAAACAAACAUAGCUAGGGUUCCUCAAAACCUAAGUGAAGGGAAGUUACUCCAUAGAGAAGAGAGAGACUGCAGUAAGAAUCUUCAGAUGAUCAGUCUUCAAGUCCGGGCUUGUUCCUCGAGCUUCCAAAGCGAAGAAAUCCUCCAAUUCCACUCUUAGAAUGCCCUCAGAUCGCCCUCUCUCUCUUUGGUUUGUCCCUUGGGUGUUUGGGAUCCAAAACCCAGCUCUCCCCUUUCCUUUGGCUGAAAAUCGGGUUUUAACCAGCAAUUCCCGACUCACACGGGCAGGCCGCACGGCCGUGCAGCUCACCCAGUUGCCCGUGCGAGUCAAAAUGCAGCGUAUCGAUUAGUUGAAUUCCAGGCUUCUUACACGGCCAGGGUCGCACGACCGUGCAGCUCACCUUGCACGGCCGUGUGGAUUUUCUGCUCUGCCCGUGUUUGCUCUCGCACAAUCCCACACGGCCAAACUGGUCACUUGCACGGCCGUGUGGGUUGUGGGUGUGCCCGUGCGACUUCCUUUGUGACUUGCCUCGCGCCCGAUCUUCGCCCAAUCGACCCCGAACUUGCUCCUAAAUCUUCAUUCACUUGCCAGGACCUGAAAUAUCACAAACAAGCACAACCUAGCGUGAAAUCGGUCUAAAACACGAGAAACCACAUCUCAAACAGUGUAAGAACAGGGGUGAAAACAUGUGUAAUUAACGGUCUAUCAAACUCCCCCACACUUAACCGUUUGCUUGUCCCCAAGCAAACCUAACUCAAACCAAUGCAACUCUCCAGACCUCUAUAGCAACAAACACCCCAGAUCGUAGGUAGAGGACUUCCUAGAUCAUUUAGCAACUUACGAGGUCAACCGACACACAAGUCAUCUCAUAGCUUCUUCGGCGAGAGCACUAGUAUCGAGUCGGCAUCAUGGCAAAUAGUGAACAGAGGACAAAUGAAUUGUGGAUGAAGAGAUUCUAAAAAACAAAGGAUCAUGGA